CGUUUUGAAUCGUGUAUAAACAUAACCUCAAAAAGUUCUUAAAUUAUGUUUAUCUGCGAGAAGUUUUAUCGAUGAUUUUGUAUUUGUAAGUAAAUAAUGACAAUAAUGUCUGAGCCAAAAAUUGGUUCUCUCGAAGAUGAAGCACUCAAACGAAAAGAACGAUUACUUGCAUUAAAAAGAAAGCGGAACCACGAAGAACAAAACGAAAAGGAUAACGAAAACAACUCAAAUAAAGAAACACUUCCUAAGCCAAAAUUUCGAAGUUAUCAACCAGAAGAUGAUUCUUUGAAACAGGCUUUAAUCCCAGCUGGUAAACCUGCAAACAUUCAAGAUGAAGUUAAAGAUCAAUUAGCUGCGGGAAAAUCCCGUGUGGUGAUUGAAGAAUUAGACAUACAGAAUUUAGCACCACGGAAACCAGAUUGGGAUUUAAAACGAGAUGUGGCUAAAAAAUUAGAAAUUUUAGAAAAACGUACGCAAAGGGCUAUAGCUGAAUUGAUACGCGACCGUCUUAAACAAAGGCAAGAUGUGACUGAUUUAGCAGACGCCGUAAAUGCUAUAACGAAUGCAGAUACAAGUGAAGAUCGAGAAACGUAAUAUAAGUUUUGAAUGAUUUAUAUAAUUUCUUUAAUAAAUAAGGUAAUUUAUAAAGCGAA